CAGGUUUAUCUAUGGUUGAACUAGAAUGUUUUCUCCAUUGAAUACGGUAUUUAUAUCAUGGUCAAUGUUGGUUUAUAUAGCGCAUCUAUCGAGACAGUUUUAGGUAACAACUAUCAAAAAUGUUAUCUGCAAUCGUCAAAGAACACCAGAGCAAGCAAGCUGUGAGAAAAGAAAGGCAAGAGCAAAAACGGAAAGAGGCCGUUCAGGCUGCAAGCAAUUUGACACAAGCCCUUGUUGAUCACUUGAAUGUUGGUGUAGCUCAAGCAUAUUUGAAUCAAAAGAAGCUAGAUGCUGAAGCAAAACAACUACAACACAGUGCAACCAAUUUUGCUAAACAAACUCAAUUAUGGUUGAAUUUGGUAGAAUCUUUCUCAAGCUCUUUAAAAGAAAUUGGAGAUGCAGAAAAUUGGGCACGCAGUAUAGAAGGAGAUAUGAGAACCAUAGCCACAGCUUUGGAAUAUUCAUACAAAGCCACGCAAGAGAAUCAAAGUGUUGGCAAUGUUUAAAGAUAUGUGAUAUGUAGGAUAUUGUUUUUCCUAAGUAUAAUAUGAUCAGGAGCAAUAUGAAAAUUUUUUGAAAUAAUUUCAUGAUGUGAGUGAUAAUUUCAUUUUGUUAAGAUAUAG